AUGCUUAAUUGUGCGACUGGAUUUUCAUCACCAUCCCCCCCCAUCGUCUUUCAGGAGGAGAUGCCGGAGAACGCUGAACGUGGUCUGGUGGUGGCCGCCUUUGCCUCCCGAACCAACGUCCUCUCUACACCUCUGCCCUGCAAUCGCGCCGUCACCUUCUCGGAGUCUGAUAAUAGCACCAGCUCCAGGGCUAUCACUAUUGAUUCUGCCAGUGGUAAACCCGCUUGGGUAAGCGUUUCACUGAUUAUCAUCUCUCUCUUCACUGACUGCCUUUUAGCUUUGGUGCUGUAG